ACAAGUUUGACCGCAGACUGCAAACUUUUAACAUCAGAAGAUGUUACUUAGUUUUGUGAUUCUCUUCUUCCUCUUCUCUCCAGCAACGUCUCUGCAGUGCUACGUGUGCAGCGCCACCACCACCAAUGAAGCAUGCAACCAGAACAGCCAGAAGUGUCAGCAGCCGCUCGACACCUGCAUGACCAUCGUGGACACUUUGGGUAACAUGAAAGCCAUCGUGAAGCAGUGCGCCAGCAGCUCCACAUGCAAGGGGGCGGCUUCCACCGCCUCGGUGGACGCAGACGGAAACGGAAACACCGUCAACUGCUGCAGCUACAACAUGUGCAACCUGAGCGCGGCGGACUCCGUUCACUCACACGCAGCGCUGCUGCUUCUAACUGGAGGCGUUUUGCUGCUGCUAACGCACUGA